GGAAUGAUAGAUAAGUAACGCGCAAUCGACCUCGUACUUGUCCGAUCAGGCUCCAUUGCUAUCAGUCACGUCGUCAUCCUCGAUUGACUGGCUUUGUCCACACGGCUUCGCUCGCUGGUCGACUGUCGAUCGUUGUUUUGUACCCCAAGGAAAGAGAGACAGAGGGCGAGAAACAGAGAGAGGCAGUGGCAGAGACGCGCAGAAGGAAAGGGCAUCACGACAGAUGGCCGUAAUACACGAGACGGGCUACGACUACGACGGAGGAAUCGACCCUACACAGGCACACGCAACGACGGAGAGACAAACAACGACGACCGCUACGAUGCCCGACUCAACCGUCUUCCCGCCCAAGGAAAAGUACAGCUUCCUCGACGACUACUCGGAGGGCGCGCACCCGCAGGUGCUCGAGGCGCUCAUCACGAGCAACGGGACGCAGGAGACGGGAUAUGGCAACGACAGGUACAGCGCGGCGGCGCGGCAGCACAUCCGGGAGCACCUGGGGCGCGAGGACGUGGGCAUCUUCUUCGUUCCGAGCGGGACGUCGGCCAACGCCAUCUCCAUCGCGGCGUGCCUGCGGCCGCACGAGGCCGUCAUCGCGGCCAGCUCGGGCCACAUCGUGACGCGCGAGACGGGCGCGGUCGAGGCGAGCGGGCACAAGAUCAUCAACGUGGCGCCGACCAACGGCAAGCUGACGCCGGCGAGCAUCGAGAAGGCGCUCGACGACAACUGGCACUACCCGCACAUGGCGAAGCCGCGGCUCGUGUACAUUUCCAACGCGACCGAGGUGGGCACGGUGUACGGCAAGGCGGAGCUGGCGGCCAUCAAGGCGCUGUGCGAGGAGCGCGGGCUGCUGCUCUUCAUGGAUGGGGCGCGCGUCGGGGCGGCGCUGACGUCGCGGGUCAACGACAUGACGCUGGGCGACAUCGUGGACCUGACGGACAUCUUCUGGAUCGGCGGGACCAAGAACGGGGCGCUGCUGGGCGAGGCCGUCGUGGUCAAGCACCCGCAGCUGGCGCAGGACUUUGAGUUUUACGUCAAGCAGCACGGGUCGCUGCUGGCCAAGGGGCGCAUGAUGGGCGUGCAGUUCGCCGAGCUGUUCCGCGGGGACCUGUACUUUGAGCUGGCGCGCCGGGGCAACGCGGCGGCGGAGAAGCUGUCGCGGUCCGUCGUGGGCGCGGGCUACGCGCUGCGCGCCGAGACGGAGACGAACCAGGUGUUUGCGGUGCUGCCGCUGGGGCUGGUCAAGGAGCUGCAGCGCGACUUUGCCUUUUACGUCUGGGAGAAGUGCGGCGCCGAGUGGGCCGUCGUGCGGCUGCUGACGACGUGGGCGACGGACACGGUGCAGCUAGAGAAGUUUAACCAGACGGUGCUGAGCUGGGCGCCGUGAGGGGGGGAGGGGAGGCUGGAGGGCAUUUCGUAGGCGGCGGUGGUGGUGAUGGGAAUCGUGAUGGUGGGUUGGUGUUGAUGACGCUUACUACCUUAUAGUACUGCUGAAAGUUACACCUUGCACACGAAAGGUGUUGGAUGGGUGACGUACUGGCGGCUAUGGCUUUUUCCACGCAUUACAACUGCAUUAUCAUUAGUACCACAUUAGAGCAUCAGCAUCAAUAAACGACACAAGCUUGCACUUCGU